GUGGCCGUGAGGGAGCGGGAGCCGUGAGGGGCCGGGAGCCGGGAUCGCGGAGGGGCCGCGGGCCGGGAUCCCUGUGGGUCUCGGCGGGCGGCGCCGGCGCCAUGAAGUCCCGCUUCAGCACCGUCGACAUCCGCGCGGUGCUCGCCGAGCUGCGGCAGAGCUUGUUGGGAAUGAGAGUGAACAACGUUUAUGAUGUGGAUAACAAGACCUAUCUCAUUCGCCUGCAAAAGCCAGAGUGCAAGGCCACGCUGCUGCUGGAAUCCGGGAUCCGCAUCCACCUGACGGAGUUUGAGUGGCCAAAGAACAUGAUGCCAUCCAGCUUUGCCAUGAAGUGCCGGAAGCACCUGAGGACGCGGAGGCUGGUGAGCGUGCGGCAGCUGGGCGCCGACCGCGUCGUGGACCUGCAGUUCGGCAGCGAGGGGGCCGCCUACCACCUGAUCCUGGAGCUCUACGACAGGGGCAACGUCGUCCUCACCGACCACGAGUACCUGAUCCUCAACAUCCUGAGGUGCCGCACGGACCAGGCCGACGACGUCAGGUUCGCGGUGCGGGAGCGCUACCCGGUGGAGAGUGCCAAAGCUGCUGUGCCCCUGCCCACCUUGGACAGGUUAACUGAAAUCAUAUCAAAUGCACCCAAAGGGGAGCAGCUGAAGAGGGUUCUCAACCCACUCCUUCCUUAUGGGGCCACUCUCAUCGAGCACUGCCUUAUAGAAGCUGGAUUUUCUGGAGCUGUCAAAAUAGAUCAACAGCUGGAAAAUAAAGAAAACCUUGAAAAGGUUCUUUCAGCUCUAGAGAAAGCAGAAGAAUACAUGGCCCUCACUGACAACUUCAGUGGAAAGGGUUAUGUUAUCCAGAAAAGGGAGAAAAAGCCAAGUCUGGAACCAGAUAAGCCAGCAGAAGAUAUCUACACAUAUGAGGAAUUUCAUCCUUUCUUGUUUUCUCAACAUUCAAAAUGUCCCUACUUGGAAUUUGACUCAUUCAAUAAGGCUACAGAUGAGUUCUACUCCAAGCUGGAGGGGCAGAAGAUUGAUCUGAAGGCCUUGCAGCAGGAAAAACAAGCAUUGAAGAAACUUGAAAAUGUCCGUAAGGACCAUGAGCACAGACUGGAAGCUCUCCAGCAGGCUCAGGAAGCUGAUAAGCUGAAGGGGGAGCUGAUAGAGAUGAACCUGGAGGUGGUGGACAGGGCCAUCCAGGUGGUCCGCAGCGCCUUGGCCAACCAGAUCGACUGGACCGAGAUCGGGGCCAUCGUCAAGGAGGCCCAGGCCCAGGGGGACCCCGUGGCCGUGGCAAUCAAAGAGUUAAAGCUGCAGACAAACCACAUCACCAUGCUGCUGAGGAACCCCUACGUGUUAUCUGAAGAGGAAGAGGAGGAGGAUGAUGCUGACGUAGAGAAGGAAGAAACAGAAGAACCAAAAGGAAAAAAGAAAAAGAAUAAAACCAAACAGUUGAAGAAACCUCAGAAAAACAAACCCUUAUUGAUUGAUGUUGAUCUCAAUUUGUCUGCUUAUGCCAAUGCCAAAAAGUACUAUGAUCACAAAAGACAUGCAGCCAAGAAAACUCAGAAGACAGUGGAAGCUGCAGAAAAGGCUUUUAAAUCAGCUGAGAAGAAGACAAAGCAAACCCUGAGGGAAGUUCAGACUGUCACCACCAUCCAGAAGGCCAGAAAGGUCUACUGGUUUGAGAAGUUCCUGUGGUUCAUCAGCUCUGAGAAUUACCUGGUGAUUGCUGGCAGGGACCAGCAGCAGAACGAGCUGAUCGUGAAGCGCUACCUCAAACCAGGGGACAUCUACGUGCACGCGGAUCUGCACGGAGCCACCAGCUGCGUCAUCAAGAACCCCUCAGGUGAGCCCAUCCCGCCGCGGACGCUGACGGAGGCGGGGACCAUGGCCCUGUGCUACAGCGCUGCCUGGGACGCCCGCGUGGUCACCAGCGCCUGGUGGGUGUCCCACAGCCAGGUUUCUAAAACUGCCCCCACGGGAGAAUAUCUCACUACUGGCAGCUUCAUGAUCCGAGGGAAAAAGAAUUUCCUUCCACCUUCCUAUCUGAUGAUGGGCUUCAGCUUCUUGUUUAAGGUGGAUGAGAGCUGUGUCUGGAGGCACCGGGAGGAGAGGAAGGUCAGAGUCCAGGAGGAGGAGCUGGACACGGUUUCCAGCAGUGCCAGUGAGCUGCUGGCUGAGGAGGUGGAGCUUUUAGAUGGAGGAGACAGCAGCAGUGAGGAGGAAAAAGCCGAGGCUGAGGCAGCUCCAGGGGCUGAGGCAGCUCCAGAGGCUGAGGCAGCUCCAGAGGCUGAGGAAGCUCCAGAGGAUGUGGAAGCUCCAGAGGAUGUGGAAGCCACAGCUGAGAGCACCCGAGAGGAGAGCAGUGCUGAGCAGGGAGGAGGGAACUCUCCUGCUCCAGAGGCUGACUCGGAGGAGGAGGAUGGAGACUCUGAGGAGGAGCAUCCAGAGCCCAAGAGGGAAGUGAAGGAGGAAGAGGUGAAUUAUCCAGACACCACAAUCGACCUGUCACACCUUCAGCCCCAGAGAUCCCUGCAGAAAAUCAUCCCCAAAGAGGAAGAGCCCAGCUUGAGCGACAGCAGGGCCCAGGGCCGGAGGCAUCUCUCUGCCAAGGAGAGGAGAGAAAUGAAGAAAAAGAAGCAGCAGAACAACUCUGAGAACUCGGAGCUGUCUGAAGAGAAGCAGAAGGAGGCAGAGACCCAACCUGUGGCUGCUCCCAACUGCCCCAGGGCAGCUCCAGCCCCCCAGCCCAUCAAGCGGGGCCAGAAGAGUAAGAUGAAGAAGAUGAAGGAGAAGUACAGGGACCAGGACGAGGAGGACCGGGAGCUCAUCAUGAAGCUGCUGGGGUCUGCAGGCUCCAACAGGGAGGACAAAGGGAAAAAAGGCAAGAAGGGGAAGACAAAAGAAGAGGCAGCAAAGAAGCAGCAGCAGAAACCCAAACCCGUUCGUGCAGCAGGAGGGGGCAAGGAGACCCUCCCAGCAGGAAUUGUGCUGCACGAGGCACAGGAGCCAGCCCUGGAUGAGCUGCAGGAGGACAAGGAGGAGCAGGACCAGGAGCAGCCAGGACUGGAGGAGAGCGAGGCCCUGCUGGACUCCCUGACGGGGCAGCCCCACCCCGAGGACAUCCUGCUCUUUGCUGUCCCCAUCUGUGCUCCCUACACAGCCAUGGCCAACUACAAGUACAAAGUCAAGCUCACCCCGGGCACGCAGAAGAAGGGCAAAGCUGCCAAGAUUGCCUUGCACAAUUUCAUGCAGUCCAAAGAAGCCAGUGCACGAGAGAAGGACCUGUUCCGCAGCGUGAAGGACACAGAUCUGUCGAGAAAUAUUCCUGGGAAGGUGAAAGUGUCUGCACCUCACCUCCAGAACAUGAAGAGGAAGUGAUUCCAUGCUGGGGGCUCUGGCCCCAGACCGGACCCAGACCCACAACCAGGACUGAAUUCCAGCAGCCAGGGCCUGUAUUCCUGCUGGUUUAGCUGGACUCUGAUACAAAUUGCAGAUAAAUAUGGAAUUAAAUUGCUGGCAUUUGGUCAGGAA